AUGGACUGUCUUCCUAUUCCCUUCGUCUGCUUCCAGUGCGCAAUCCANNGGUACCGACCAGAACCCUUGUCACUGCAAAGUUGUUGGCCCUACCAUUGGUUUCGCCAGCGCCAUUGUCCUCGCAGNUUGUCUGCUGGCCUGCCUCCCUGUUCUGUGGCUGCUGUGCAACUGAAACAGGCAAGAAGANUGCUUGCUACUCCAGCAGAUCUCAGUGGCCAAAUCAGCAAUGCUAUACCUUUCUAG